CUCCACUCAAUGGUGUUUUGUCUGCUUCUCCUCUUCUACCUGAAUCAUUGCAUCACUUGUGCGCGAGCGAUGUCAUUUUGUGGCCCAGACACUCUUUUUGUUUCUUUACUUCACAUAUGUGUUUCAUAUCUGCCGUUCAUUUCGCCCAUUGUUCUUCUCACCACUCAUGAUAAACUCUUUGCCCUACGUCGCAACUCUCUAUCUAUCUUUCUAAUCAACCAACAAAUUGAACGGUGCAUAAACCAAUUGGCCACACCAUGAAUUGUGAAUACUGCACAUUUAUAGUUUAAAAUUUCAUUUCAUGCAUUUUAGUUACGGUAUAAGGAAAUGCAUUGGUUGAUUUUAUGUCUAUUCAUUCCACAUUAUUAUUUCGUAAAGAUACAGAGUUUGCGGGAAAAGAUGAAAGUGAGUAAAAAAGAGGUGAUAGGGUAAAAAGAGGGAGAAAUUGUGAGGCUAAUUUGGCGCUGAGAAUAUCCGAAAGAAAGAGAUUAGAGUAUAUUCAAUAUUGAUCUUGUUUGUGUUGAGUUCAGUGUCCACACGCUACUAACAAGAAACAACAAGACUUUGUUUCGUAUUGCAUUGGCUUGCGUCAGUAACAUAACAGAGAGAAAUGGGUUUAGAGGAAUAGCAGGAGAGAGAUGAGAGUGAUAGUGCCUCUACAAGGGGUUGUUCAAGGCACAGGAGGUCUUUUCUGGGGUUCCGUCAUUCCUUGUGCCCUCUUCUACUUUCUUCAACUCUUCUUCAAAACCAAGACACGUCACCACCAACCACCACCUUCCGACAACCAUAAGGAGGAUUCCACCACCUUCCACCGUUCUUUAUCUCUCAACGCAAGGCACGCUUCUGCCUCUGCUUACGUCUCCCCUCGCGCCAAUUCCGUAACCGCUACUAACUCUUCUUUCCAUCUUGGUUUCGACAAGGUUGCUGAUGAUCCCUACCAUGAAACUCAUAAUCCCGAUGGAGUUAUUCAACUUGCUUUGCACCAAAACACCCUAUCUCUUGAUUUAAUUCAAGAUUGGAUUCACUGCAACGGAAGCGCUGCUAUAUUGGGGACACCUCUCACCAUUUCCAGGAUUGCUCCUUACCAACCUCUCGAUGGAUUGAUGGAGCUCAAAGUGGCUGUGGCUGGUUUCAUGUGUCAAGUUUUGGAAAAGCCCAUUUUCUUCAACACUUCGCGAAUGGUACUGACUGCAGGUGCUUCCUCUGCCAUUGAGAUUCUGAGCUUCUGCCUAGCAGAUCACGGAAAUGCAUUUCUUGUUCCCACGCCUCUUAGCCCCGGUUUUGACGAGGUUGUAAAAUGGCGCACCGGAGCUGAGAUAGUACCUGUUCCCUGUCGUAGCGCUGAUGACUUCAAUUUAAAUAUAACUUCACUUGAGAGAACCUUCAAUCAAGCAAAGAUGCGUGGUCAAAAAGUUCGUGGAAUUAUAAUAACCAACCCGUCAGAUCCUGCUGGAAAAUUGUUGAAUCGGGAAACACUGUUGGAUCUUUUGGACUUUGCUAGAGAAAAGAACAUUCAUAUAAUCUCCAGCGAGAUGUUUGCAGGCUCUUCUUAUGGUAAUGAAGAAUUUGUGAGCAUGGCAGAAAUAAUGGAGGCAGAAGAUCAUGACCGGGACAGAGUUCAUAUAGUGUAUGAUUUAUCCAAUGAGCUUUCUGUUCCAGGCUUAAAGGCGGGUGCUAUCUACUCCUAUAAUGACAAUGUCGUAGCUGCUUCUAGCAAAUUGGCAAGGUUCUCCACUGUUUCUGUCCCAACUCAAAGAUUGCUUAUCUCCAUGCUUUCAGAUACAAGUUUUAUGCAAGAGUUUAUUGAGGUUAACAGAUUGAGGAUGCGGAAAAUGUAUAAUAUAUUUGUGACAGGGUUAAAGCAGUUGGGGAUUGAGUGCACUAGGAGCAGUGGUGGUUUUUGCUGUUGGGCUGACAUGAGCAGGUUGAUUCGGUCUUACAGUGAAAAGGGGGAGCUUGAGCUGUGGGAUAGAUUGUUGAAUGUUGUCAAGAUCAAUGUUACCCCGGGUUCUUCAUGUCACUGUAUUGAACCUGGAUGGUUUCGUUUUUGUUUUGCUACAUCCACUGAAAAGGAUGUUUCUGUAGUGAUGGAACGGAUUUGGAGAAUUUCCGACUCCACAAAGUGAACAUAGUUGAUGUGGGGUCAAUUAGUUCCGCAAAUUUAGUUGGUU